GAAGCAACCCCCUUUCCCUUCAGACCGCGCCAGUCCGCCUGUCUGGCACGGCGGCUCCGUGGAGUCUGUUGUCCGUCGCGGGGCUUGCGGGGAAGCGCGUCGAGUCAAGCUAGGCCGCAGCGGAGGCUUGGCGGAGAUAAAGCGAGGAUAAAGGAGGAGCAGUGAGGAAUGUAGAUGUUGUGCCUUUGAUGGAAGGUGAUUCCUGUGGGAUUCCUGAGCUUUUCCCCGUCACACCCAUGGAGUCGUGGAUGGAGUGUAACAGCUUACUGAAGACAACCAUGGAUCGGUUUGAUGUGAAGCCACCUCCUUCUCGGAGCCGCUCUAAGACUGCUUUGUACGUGACGCCUCAGGACCGCGUCACGGAGUUUGGCAGCGAACUGUAUGAAGACGGGGGGAAGUUGUAUUGCACUUUCUGCAACGUGGUCUUGAACCACGUCCGCAAGUCUGCCAUCAACGACCACCUCAAAUCCAAGACUCACACCAAGCGGAAGGGUGAGUUUGAAGAGCAAACCGUGCGGAAGAAGCCAAGGACCCUGACGGCCUCUCUGCAGUGCAACAGCGCGCCCCAAAUAGAGAAACCCAAUGUCGUCCACGACUUUGUAAAAAUGUUUCUGGAGGCCAGCAUUCCCCUUGAGAAGGCCGACCAUCCCGCCGUGCGAGCGUUCCUCUCUCGGCACGUGAAGAAUGGGAACUCCGUCCCCAAGGCAGAGCAGCUCAGGAAGGCCUACCUGCCUGAUGGGUUUACAAAUCAGAUGAUCAAAUCUGAAGACCACUGAGGGGCAGCCCUGGGUUCUAGGUGUGGAGUAUUACAGUUGCAUAACUGUGGUGUGGUUUAUUUUUAUAUCCAUGCGCUUGCAGUGUUACAUCAUGGUUUUCGUUUUGUAAAAAGGACUAUCUGUUGCAGAAUGCAAUGGUGUUUCAGAAACAGUUGGUGUUACAGGAAUGUUGCUUCAAAACUGUUGAGCUCCUGUGGUUGGAAGGAUGGCAAAAAAGUGCCAUAUUGCUUAGUUUAUGCAGAAGCGUGCUAAAUGAACAGUAUACAACAAUUCCCUGAAUCCUUCUCUUCCUUCAAUAUUACAUGCAGAUGAACAACUGGAACGUACUCACACCAAACAAUCUUAUCAUUAAUAUAAUGUAUACACAUACUUUCCAUAUUACUCCCAUAUUCUUAAUGUAAAUUUACAAUUCUGUGAUUUGGUGGUGUUCAGUUUGACUUGGAGUGGGUAUAAGUCAAAAUUUUUAAAAGGUUAGACCCUUGAAGUACACCUCACAGAGUUAGCAGGUCCUUGAAACCUCAAUAUAUUUUCCCUAUUAUGUUACAUUUCUUUCUAAUUUAGGAAUGCUGUGCUAAUCUUGUAGACUCGAUUUCCCUUUUUUUUUUUUUGGAAGGCAAGAAUAUAAAUUAAUCAAAAUGCAUUUCUAGUUUGGAUAAUGGAUUUCCUGUUUGAAUAGUAAACAUCUAGUUCCUUGAAUUAUGUGUCUCAACUUCUGUUUUAUUCAUUUUCCUCCCAUUGGUGACUUGUUUCUGUUACUGACCAGGAUGUUCGUAUUCUAACAUGUCUAGCAAAGGUUUCAAGAGUGCAGAUGCAUAACUCAAUAAAAGCGAAGGCCUGCAUCUGAAUAUUUAUUCCCAUGAUAAUCCUGCAUGUUCUCAUGGAUCUUGAAAUAAGAAUAUAUGGAACAUUCAAUCAAAUCCCCAAUUUCCAUUCUGGAAGGGAAAGACAUUCUAUAGUAGGCAUGGACCAGCUGUUAGGAAUUGUGGGAGUUAAAGUCCAAAACACCUGGAGGGCUGAAGUUUGCCUAUGCCUGCUCAAUAGGCAAUGUAUCUGUCAUAAAGGAAGCAGCUUCUGUAAUGGACAGAUGUACUGCAGUUAGCGCUGAAUUUUGGGAGCUGCUGUGUGGCUUAUAUGGGAUAGAAAACCCUAUUCCUGCUAUAUUAGCUCUCAGAAAAAGUGCAGGCCUCUGACAUUAAAGCUAUACUCGAUGGUCUAUAAAUAGCAUUGAUUUUACAAAUAAUGCUUCAGUGGUCAGCUUUUGGGCUUGUCUAAAAUUUUGUUUCUAUUUCUGCCUAGGUUCAGUUUGAAAGCUGGCUCAAGUUACUGGACUUUAGUAUCCAUGUAUUUUUGAAAUUUAUUCAGCUUUGACCUUUGUAAUAUGAUUUCCUAAAGAGAAACCUGGGUUGGGAAGAGGGUUUAUGUGUAUUGUCGUUUUCUUUUUCCUUGACUUCCUUACCAGGUUGUUCAGUCUUCUUGGAAAGUUGUCAGUCCUGUUUGAAAUAUUCUUAAUGCAUCCUCAAGCAGCUGUGCAGGAUCUUUGUGUCUUUCCUGUUUUUCUUGAAAAGCCAAAAUCUCCACUUUGGAUAUUUGCCUUGAUUAUUCUCCAGUCACUUUAUUCUUUCUUAAUGCAAUUUGAAAAGCAUGUGUAACAUUCUGCUUCUGUCCUGUUUUCAUUUUAAAUGACCAAGGAAAUUGGGUGUGUAUGUGUUAUGGGAAGUUCACCAUUAGUCUUUAUAUUAAACUUUGAGAUGGUGUAGAACAAGUCUUCCAUGUUCAAAAGUCCCAAAGUGUUUUAUUGGCAUUGAUGAAUGUAGUCAAGGACGGAAAGUCUAUUGGAUCCUCUGAAAUAUUACAGCUGAGAUUUACAAUAUGUUUUAGUUGUCAUACUGGAAGUGAAAAUAUGUGAGUAACAUUUGUUCCACAAAUUGGAACCAGACUCAGUUGUACAAAAUUGGCGUUUUGACUGAGUCUCAUUGAUUUUAGUAUAGUUGCGUCUACAUCCAAUCCCAUUAAUAGUUUCUGUAGGGCUGCACCUCCAUCCUUUGCUUUAUUUCAGUCUGCCUUUCCCUUUUCUUUCACUAUAUUCCUUGCAAACUGUGCUGAAUUUUGCAAACAAAUACUGCGAUUUUUCAUCUUUAGCCUGAUAUGGAUGUGAAGUUUUUUUCAUUCCUCAGCAUUUGUACCCAGACCAAGGAUUGCAGCCUUAAUAAUAGCUUUACGAGCAAAGUUGGCUUACCAUCUUUUACUUACUAUGUAAAAACCCACCUUGUGAGACUUCGAAAAAUACCUGUAUUUUGAUAUAUUUUUUAUCUUACUCUAAAAUAUAACCAUAUACAGCUGUGUGUCUCGCUUGAGAAGAAUUUAUGAAGGCAAAUGAGUAGUUCGCUAGCUCCUGUUUGCUUUUUAGUAAUUUUUUUUGCUUAUCUGCUAACUCUUGUGUGUUAGUUGAGGUAGGAAACCAUGAUGUAAUACAGCGCCAUUGAUACAUGUGCCUAUAUUCCUGAUUGAUGAUGUGUUAUACGUCUUGCAACAGAGCACAUGCCCUGUAUGUGAGGUGUUUGGAAGUGUAUGUGGUAUGUUUCAUGGAUGUGUUUUUCUUCAUCUCGUACUGGGUUGCUAUUUCUACUGACAGGAGAGCCUCGCACAGAGAAACAUGCCAACAUAGAUCGUGCAAGCAACUACAUAUUUCACACUUCAGGUUUACAUACAGAGUGGUAGUUUCAUGUGUUUCCCUGAAAGUUACACAUUACAGCCCAAAGAAAUUCACAGUUCACUACUUGGCACAUUAUAGCAUAAGUAUGUACAAAUGGGCUGUUAUAUAGAGUUAAAGAUGCUGAUCCAGGAAAUGGGGGUUAAUCAUGGGAAGGAGCCAUAUCAGUUUAUCAAAUUGUCACUGAAAGUUGGACUUUCGUUUAAGUUCAGAGGAGAUAGCAUGACUUCAUGUACAUAAUUAUGUCGUUUGUGUAUAACAUUAUCACAAAAUGUAGCGGCUGCCCAACCAAGAUAGUAUUUUACAGAAAAUGGUCAUUUAAUACGAUUUAGCUUUAGAACAGACUAAAGCCGAGUUGCUAUGUGUGUAUACUUGAAAACAAGUUGUGUUGAAUUCUGCAAAACUUGCUUUCAGAUAAAACACGUAUAACUGGGCUGUACAGAUGUAUCGAAUGGGAAAGAGUCCUAGAUGCUUCCGACAUUUUGCUCUAUCCAGUGAGUAGAAGUUGUCAUCUUUCUAAGAUAAGAAUCUUCCAACAUUUUUUAAAUGCCAGAAUUAAUAUGCUUUUGAGUGUGAAUGCAAGAAAAGGACAUGUGAGAAAUUUGAAACAUCUACUUUUAGAUAUUGACGUGUCAUUCAAACCAUAUGGAUUAAAGGUGAAGGAUUAAGAGGAGCUGCUAUUAAUACAUGGUUGAAUCCAUAUGGUUAGCCCAUAUGGGUAUCAGAGGAACUGAAUCAUGGCUGACUCUUUUCAUUGAUGCCAAUAAGCCAGCUCGGUGAAAGGAUCCUCAGUCUUUAUGAAUUGCUGACCUCCAGGUUUUCACCUUUAUUAUUAAGGUGGAUUCAAGCUGUCCAAUUCAACCAACUCAUUUGAAAGCAAAUUAACAUUUGCUAAUUUGGGAAUGCUUUUAGGGUAUUCCAAGUUUUCCAACCUCCCAAGUAUCUUUUUUUUAAAGUCAGUUGUAAGCUUGCAAAAUUAGAUAGGAAAGCUAGUUUUGUGUCUCCUUUAUAGUCUUUUUAACUGAGAGAAAAAAAGGAAUAAAAUGUGCAAAUUAUUUACCAUUUAUUUAUAGAUGCACAUUGUAUGAAUAAUCGUGCUCUCUUCUUACCAUUCAUCUUUGAAUUUGCUGCUAGAGUUCUUUGGGCUUUCUUUUCUUACUUGGUUUAUGCAUGUAGAGUAUUCAUUCUCUCUGGGUUUUUAAAAAAAUGUGUUAAUUUUACAAAAUAAAGCAAUUUAAAACAAAGA